UCGAAGCGAAACAGCCAACGGAUCACUUGAAGCGAAACGGAAGAAGCGAAUUGAGAGUUUUAAAGUGUUUUUUGGGUGUUUUAAGUGUUCUAAAUGUUGAAUACAGUGUUAACUUGUAAUUCGGUACAAAUUUUAUGUAUCCCGAAUCCCAGCGCAUAACAUUACGAUAUUCCAUAUACAAUUUUUCUUUUCAAGUACCUACAAUAUUUUAAAGAAGAUCGGUGCUCUUAAUGACAUCUUAAAACUUAUACAUUACAAUUAAGUCAUUCAAUCGCGAAUUUUUUUCAGCGAGUUUGUGGUCUUUUUAACACGCUUUUGGUAUGGAUUCUUUGAAUGUCACUUUCACCGACUUUAAAACGUCUCAUUAACUUCAAAAUUUAACGCUUAAAUACCGCUUCAAAGACCGAUGACGAUACAAUAAGUUAUUUUGAAUAACCGGUGCGACGUGAUAGCUCUCAGGGUUAGGCUGUCCACCGGAGCGGAGCGAGGCAGCGGAGCAGAGAAAUAUUAACCAAUUAGGCUGCCUGUCCACCGGAGCGGAGCGAGGCAGCGGAGCGGGGAAGCGAGUGUGUGCGCGCACUCGCAGUGUGCCCUCGUAGUCCGACUAGUGCGUAUGUAACCAACGCAAUGAAGACGAUGGAUGAAAAACUUAUUAGAAGUGUGAGAAAGUUUCCGUGCAUCUGGAAGACAACUUCAGAAUAUUACAAAUGCAACGAAACAAAAGAUGCUGCGUGGGACCAAAUAACUAUUGAAACAAACAUAUCGGAUGUUAAAACUGCCAAGGCGCGAUGGAAACAACUGAGAGAUAACCAUCGAGAUGCCUUAAAAAGACAAAAUGCAACAAGAAGUGGACAGGCUAGAAAACAGCGAAAAGAAUGGAAAUAUCAGAAAGCCAUGUCAUUUUUAUUGCCUUACAUGUGUAACAGAGACGGGUCAUCUAAUUUUGUGCCCUUGGACAACUCAGUAAGCGAAACUUCAAAUCCGCCAAAUAUCGUUGAUGAGAGUUCAUGCGAAUCAUGCAAUUUGUUGCCAUCAAAUUCAAAUAAUCUUCCUUCUGUUAAUAUCCCUAAUGAUUCAACAACUUCUGGGUCUAUCCCAUCCACAUCCAAAAAAAGAAGAAAGAACGAUGAAGUUCUAGAACUUUUAAAAGAAAAUCAAGAACGCCGUGAACUGCUGGAACGAGAACGUAUAGAAGUUAAAAACAUGAUGUUAGCCAGUGAUCAAUACGAUGAAAUAGACUUAUUUUUUAUUAAUUUGGCUGCAUCGACAAAAAAACUUCCGCAUUAUUUACAACUUCAAAUUAAAAAAAAAUGCUUUAAUGCAGUAAUGUCAGCUGAAGAAAGUAAUCUUCAACAUAGUUGGCAUUCGCCGAAUAAUUAUGGUUAUUCUACAGACUCAACGUCUACACCAGAUAAUAUCAACACUAGUAUCGAUACUCCUAGUGCUCCAAAUGAUAUCAACACUAGUAUCAAUACUCCUAGCGCUUCAAAAAUUCAAACAACUCAAGAUAUUGAAACAUCUGCCGCAGAGCAAACAGGACCUAAUGAAAAAUGCGGACAACUUUGAGACAUAUCAUGAUUUUUAAAUUAAUAUAACAUGGCGUCGUAUGUAUACAAAAAUAAAAGUUACUUUGAUUUCAAAA